GGCAAACCCUUCUUCCCUCUCCUCUCCCACCACCACGGCACCACCGCAGCUCAUCCACCGGAAACGACAAGUGGUUCGAAUCGCCGAUGCGGACUUCAAAGGACGAGCUUCUCUGCACUGUAGUCGAAAAGAGGAGACUAGAAUAAGAAGAACCGGAUGAAUGUGCUGAAGAGUGAAGUAGAAAGAUUCAACAUGAGAUCAAGAGUGAGGUCACUAGAACAUAUUCCUAUUUGGUGAGAGGGUAUUAAAUCUAGGAAGCAUGGACACGGGAAUGUGUAGUGGUAUGACAUGUAGAUAUGAGCAAUUUCUGAAAGAUUAUACCAUGACACGGCGGGUAUGACACGGAAUACGACAUGAGUAUGACACCCCAAAUGAAGUGUUCGUGCUGAGAGUUACAAAAUCUCGUGUUAACCUAUUGAGGCAGAGGAUAUUAAGUUAGAAGAAGUAGACAAGGAAGAUGUUUGUAGGCUUGGGAGGGACAUGAUCCAUGCCUACUAUCUCACACUCUCCAGGAAUUUUGGAGUGCAAGCCUUAGCAAAGUCAUUGAAGUCUCAAUUAAAAUUUCCUCGCAAGUAUCCUAUUGGGCAGAUUCAAAUGGCAAAUACCCAUGAUUCUAUCCUUAGUGGUGGCAACAGUGAGUCAAGAGGUGCCUUGGUUGUUCUAGAAGGCUUGGAUCGUAGUGGGAAGACUUCACAGUCUAGUAGGUUACUCUCAUACUUGGAGGGACUGGGGCAUUCAGCUGAAUUAUGGAGGUUUCCUGACAGAAGUACAGAUAUUGGGCAAAUGAUAUCUUCUUACCUUUCCAACAAAUCACAAUUGGAUGAUCACAUGAUCCAUCUUCUCUUUAGUGCAAAUCGUUGGGAGAAGAGAUCAUUGAUGGAAACUAAAUUGAAGACUGGAACCACCCUUGUUGUCGACCGCUAUUCCUAUUCUGGGGUAGCUUUCUCAUCUGCCAAAGGACUUGGUGUUGAAUAGUGAAAGGCACCAGAGGUUGGGUUGCUAGCUCCAGAUCUGGUAUUGUACCUUGACAUACAGCCAGAGGUAAGUUGUAGCUACUACUCUGUUGACUUUUGUAAUUAUCAAAGACUUCAGCCAUAUUAUCAACAUGUGUUUCUUUGAGUUCUGCAGGAUUUUUGUUUUCUUUGAUAAGUUCUUUGAGUUCUAUAGGUUUAAGGCAUGAACUGUCCUGCCUGAGAGCUGGUGUGCCAUGUGUUGAAAGAUUUCAUCAUGUUCAUUUUUAUCUAAACUGUAUUUGAGACACACAUACCGCUUUAUGUGGUGUUGGCUCCACAUCUGGUAUUGUUUCUUACGUGCAUAAAGAUUCUGGGCUGUCAAGACCACCUCACCCAGCUGAAUCUGAAAAUAAAUAACAGAAGAAAAGGGGAGGGGGAAAAAAGUGAGAUGGUAAGUAUAGCCUUUUAAGCUGGGAAUUCAUGAACCAAAAUCAACCAACUCUAAUGGGUUCUGUUAAAUCGGAUGACUAUCCAUUGAGCCAUUGUGAUAAUUUGUUUUGAGACUUCUUUUGCAUUUGGAAGAUGUUAUCAGUGAGAGGGAGAGAAUUUAAUAAAUGAUGCCUCAAUCAAGGGCAAGAAAGUAAUUGCCCGUUCUAGGGUGUGCACUGAUAUGAAUGUAGGUGCCAAUAUAAAAGAUAGGAAGACCUCAGUGAGCUAUUCCAAGAGUGAGGAGUCUUUAACCACAAAGAACCUAGCUGAUAUCCUAAAUGGAAAGUUCCAGUUCAAGAGUCAACCCGAGAGCCAAGUGGGCAAUUCUAUUAGAAGGAAAAGUGGUGGAAAUUCCGUUGAUUGUGAUAGAGGAAAUCCGAGCAAAUUCGACACAAGUCUUGGGGUGGUUCAAUCACAGGCUAUGGAAAGCUUGGAAAUGGAUAUUCCCUUUAACCCCACUGAGCAUGAAGAUGGGCUGCCUGCCACUCACAGACUCGACUAGGGGUUUGAUGGAAAACCCAUGGUGGAGCCAUAUGUUUGACACCCCGGAACCAGAGGAAGCGAGAAGGAUUGUCUGGGAAACCAUUCCACAAAUCCACCCAGCCUCGAUGUUGUGUGAAGUGGAGCCAGAGCUGAGUCUCAUGGUGAGAAGAAUGUUGGAGAAUCAGCCCAUCGCAACUGCCUUCAUGGGCAACAGACAUGCGUUAAAGAUCCUUCAAGUGUUUCAACCAAUUUUGGUGUUCAAUCUCCACGUCAUCGCCAAAGAGGAGGUAGGGGUGCUGGAGCACUGGCUAACGAUGAUGCCGGGGUUGGAACAGACAAUAGAGUUGAUGAGGAAGACCGGAUGGAAUUUAAUGGAGGAAGCGAGACUGCUUUCACCCUUCAAUGAGUGCCCCAACCCUGAUCAUUGUUUAGUCAUGAAUAUCAUAGCGUGGAAUUGCAGGGGCACUCUAAAGCCCAACUUCCAGAAUCAUGUUUGAGAAUUGGUCCAGAAUCAUGACCUAGCCAUUCUUAUUAUCAUGGAGACCCGAGUAGGUGGAGAGAGAGCUAAAGAAAUCUCGGAUAGGCUGCCUUUUGAUGGGGCUAUCCAUACUGACACCAUUGGCUACAUGGGUGGCUUAUGGGUUCUGUGGAACUCCGGUAGAGUCGUGGUUUCUCCUCUGGCUACAACGAAGCAAGAAAUUCACAUCACAGUCAAGAAAGCUACAAAGAGAGGAGGAUAUGGAGGUGAGAGAUAUGAGCAGCUUGAGUUUCAGAAGAAAGUUUCUCAAUGCUAUCAGGUCCUCCAUGAUGCCUCCUGGAAGAUAGUUGAUGCCUGCCAACCCAUAGAAGAUAUUGAGAAACAGCUGCAAGAGCUUGUGUUGGAAUGUGUCAUGACAUGCCAGAAGGGCAAACCCCUAGCCAAUCUCUGGUCAGGGAUAGAUUCGCAAACGCAAGGAGACACGUGCUUCACCAAUCCCUUACAGAGGGGGUCUAACCCUGAAAAUAAAUUUAUGAUGGUAUCUCCAAAUCUAAUGGGUUAGCAUUUGAAUCCACAUGCUCAAGUAUCCUACCAAGAGUCACCAUCCCAAGUUGAAAUGGAACCCACUGUUAAGAAAUCACAACGGGGCAGUAACUUCAGCAUAGAAGAAGACCUUCUCCUUGUAUCUGCAUGGCUAACUAUUUGCUUAGAUGCAGUGCAAGGGAAUGAGCAAAAACACAAGACAUACUGGAGGAGGAUUUGGGACUACUUCCAAAACAAGAAGACCUUUAUUUCUGAACAUAGUCCGACAUCUCUAAUGAAUCGGUGGUCAACAAUUCAACUUGGCAUUGAUAAGUUUUGUGGGUGCUUGGCCCAGGUUGAAUCAAUGCAUCAAAGUGGUCUAAAUGAACAUGACAAGAUUAGUAAGGUGAAACGUAUGUAUCAAGAAUCACAUAAAACCUCAUUCCAAUUUGACCAUUCUUGGAAUAUGUUGAGGUGUCAACCAAAAUGGUUGGAGCAUAAUGAGAGGCAAAGAAUUAAAAGAAUUAGAAAUGCAAUGCCAUCUUCUCCUUGUACCCCAGAGUUGAUAAAUAUUGGAGAAGACGAUGUCUCACAUGAUACCUUUGUAGAUUCGGAGAGACCACUAGACAAGAAGGUCGAAAAGGAACGGGUGAGUAAACAAAAGAACGAUGAUAAUACAAGUUUGAAACUUACAGGGAUAUUGAAUGAGAUAGAAGAAGAGAAAAACAUAAAUGAUAAGGAAAUUGAAGUUCUUGAGAUAAUGUGUUUUAAAGAACAAGAGCAAGAUUGCAUCAAGCAAGAACAAGAACAAAAGAGAAUUUGUAUAAAGAAAGAGCGAGUGCAAGAACAAGAACAAGAACAAGAACAAGAGCGACUUCAUAUCAUGCAAGAAAAGCUUCAAAUGGAACAAUUGAAAGAAGAGGAAAGAAUUAUAAUGAUGGAUACGAGUAGCUUGUCUCAAAUACAACAAGAAUAUUAUCAUCAAUACCAAAUGGAAAUUCUUGAAAGUCGAAGGAUUAAAUAGUCAUUAUUGUUGGUUUAGGCAAACUAACAUGUCAUGGUAAAAUGCAGGGUAUAUGUAGUUUCUUUUGCUAAGUAAGUGAGUAUAUGUAGUUUGUUGUAAAGCAUUGGGGCCUUCCUAAUGAGUAUAAUGACUUGUUAAGUACUUCAUAUGU